AUGGAAAAGCUCAUAAACGAAAUAGAUUCGAUAGUAAUGGAGACACAACAAAUAACAAAACAAUUCCAAAAGGGCGAUGAAGUUGAAGUGACAAGUCACAAACUAGGCUUCGUAGGUUCUUACUACGAAGCAACUAUUGUUUCUAUCGAGGACGCUAAUCAUUACAGAGUCAAGUACAAAACUCUGUUGACUGACGAUCAGUCUGCACCUCUAGAAGAGCUUGUCCCUAUAGGCCAUGUCCGCCCUGUUUCAUCUCAUCAACUUGGAACAACGUCAGAAAAUAGAUUUCGUCAAUACGAUAAGGUUGAUGUGUUUUCCAGUGAUGGAUGGUGGUUUGGAUUUAUUAGUGGGAUAAUUGAAGAAAAUUACUAUGUCCAUUUCCCUACAACUGGACAGGAAGUUGCAUAUCCUUCUCACGCGUUGAGAUUUCAUCAAGAAUGGUCUAAUGAUGAUUGGGAAGCCUGA